CUUCUUGUGUCCAAAAACAAUUAAACUUUUCUAGAGUUGUUCAUUUUCUCUCUGAGUGAAAUUUUCAUACAAAAAUGGCAGUUUCUUCAGGUCCUGUAUUUAGAAUUAACCAGCAGCCAAGUUCUCCAUACUUGACAACUCCAAGAUUUUACAACUUUACAAGAAAAACAUUUCUUGUAAAAGCUUCUGUGAAUGGCUCAGAUGAAAUCAAUGGGAAGAUGGUAAGAAAGGAAGAAAAAGUUGGUUUGCAGAUUGAUUUUUCAGGGGAAAAACCACCUACACCAUUUUUGGAUACAGUCAAUUAUCCAAAACAUAUGAAGAAUCUAUCAAAAAUGGAUCUUGAACAGUUAGCUGCAGAAGUAAGAGCAGAGAUUGUGUAUUCAGUGGCGAAAACCGGAGGUCAUUUGAGUUCAAGUUUAGGUGUUGUGGAUUUAACUGUGGCUUUGCAUCAUGUUUUUGAUACUCCUGAGGAUAAAAUUAUAUGGGAUGUUGGUCAUCAGGCAUAUGCACACAAAAUCUUGACAGGAAGGAGGUCUAAAAUGCAUACAAUGAGAAAGACUUCAGGGCUAGCACCUUUUCCUAAAAGAGAUGAAAGUGCUUAUGAUGCAUUUGGUGCUGGGCAUAGUUCAACAAGCAUCUCUGCUGGUCUUGGCAUGGCGGUUGCUCGAGAUCUUUUAGGAAACAACAACCAUGUCAUUUCUGUAAUCGGAGACGGAGCCAUGACUGCAGGACAAGCAUAUGAGGCCAUGAAUAAUGCAGGAUUCCUCGACUCGAAUCUUAUAGUCAUACUGAAUGAUAAUAAACAAGUUUCUUUACCAACAGCAACCUUAGAUGGCCCUGCAACUCCAGUAGGAGCCCUCAGUAGUGCCUUAAGCAAAAUCCAAGCUAGUCGUAAGUUUAGACAACUCCGUGAAGCUGCAAAGAGUAUAACAAAGCAAAUUGGACCUCAAACACAUGAAGUUGCAGCUAAAGUAGAUGAAUAUGCAAGGGGAAUGCUUAGUGCUUCUGGUUCCACACUUUUUGAGGAGCUAGGAUUAUAUUACAUCGGUCCAGUAGACGGACACAAUAUCGAAGACUUGAUCACUAUUCUAAAGAAGGUAAAAGCUAUGCCUGCACCAGGACCAGUUCUAAUUCACAUUGUAACAGAGAAAGGAAAAGGAUAUCUUCCUGCAGAAGCAGCAGACGAUAAAAUGCACGGGGUGGCACAGUUUGAUCCGAAAACAGGAAAGCAAUUUAAGGCCAAGUCGCCUACGUUGUCAUAUACUCAAUACUUUGCUGAAUCACUGAUUAAAGAAGCCGAAAAUGAUAAAAAGAUUGUAGCUAUCCAUGCUGCAAUGGGUGGUGGAACCGGCCUCAAUUAUUUCCAAAAACAAUUUCCAGAACGUUGUUUUGACGUUGGCAUUGCUGAGCAACAUGCAGUUACUUUUGCAGCUGGCUUAGCUACAGAAGGUCUAAAACCAUUUUGUGCUAUCUACUCCUCGUUCUUACAACGAGGCUACGAUCAGGUGGUGCACGACGUGGAUCUUCAGAAGUUACCUGUCCGGUUUGCAAUGGACCGAGCUGGUUUGGUUGGUGCAGACGGUCCAACACAUUGUGGAGCAUUUGAUGUGACAUACAUGGCUUGUUUGCCAAAUAUGGUAGUCAUGGCUCCAUCGGACGAAGCAGAGCUAAUGCAUAUGGUUGCAACAGCAGCAGCUAUUGAUGAUAGGCCUAGUUGUUUCAGAUUUCCUAGAGGAAAUGGAAUUGGUGCAGUUCUUCCUCUUAACAAUAAGGGCAUACCAAUUGAGGUUGGUAAGGGAAGAAUACUGAGAGAAGGUGAAAGAGUUGCCAUUUUGGGAUAUGGUUCGAUAGUACAACAAUGUUUGGGAGCUGCAGACAUCCUAAACUCCCAUGAUGUAAGAGUAACAGUAGCUGAUGCUAGGUUCUGCAAACCAUUAGAUGCUGAUCUUAUUAAGAGAUUAGCCAAAGAACAUGAAAUCUUGAUCACUGUUGAAGAAGGAUCAAUUGGAGGAUUUGGCUCACAUGUGUCUCAUUUCUUAAGCCUAAACAGCAUUUUGGAUGGACCCCUUAAGUUGAGGUCAAUGUUACUUCCAGAUAGAUACAUUGAUCAUGGUUCACCAGUUGAUCAAAUUGAAGAAGCUGGUUUAUCAUCAAGGCAUAUUUGUGCUACAGUUCUAACAUUAUUGGGAAGGCCACAAGAAGCUAUGGUAGUAAAUCAAAUCUCCAAAAUCCUAUAGGUUCUACGGACCGAUGCCUUCUGCUUCAUCCGAGAGGAAAGAAUCAUAGAUACGCCGGUCAUUAGAAGAAAGAACCAUCAUACAUUAUUGGGAAGUGAAAUUCUAUAAAGUUUGUGGUAGUAGUGUACAUUAGUGACAUUUCAUGUAGUGAUGAUCAUAUUGUAGAAAGUAUUGGUGAAAUAAGAUAAUAUUAGUAUUAUGUAGUAGUUUAACGUAGUAAUCAUAUUGUAGAAACAGAAACUGUUAAAUCUACUAUAUAUAUAUAAAUAAUAUAAGUUCUUA